AUAUUAAAAUAAAAUAACGUUAUAUGUUAAUCAACGGCUGCGGCACAUAAAAUUAGUAUAUUUCCAAAAAAACCAACUAAAUUUUUUUUUUUAAAUACUGUUACUUAAACUAACCAGUCAUGGAUAUCGGAGAACUAUUAGACUACAAACCUGCUAAUACUCCAAAACGACCAUUACCUGAAGAAGAAGUUAAUCAAAUUCAAGAAAAUGAAACAGAUUAUGAACGGCAGAAAAAACUUAGACGAUUAGCCAAACAUCGUGUUCAACAAAUUGAAAAACAAGAGCAAGAACGAUUGAAAGCAGAACAUGAAAGACUCGCAGAAGAACAGCGUUUGAAACAAGAACGGCAAGAUAUGGUGCAAAAAUUAGUUGACGAAAAUCUUGCUGAUGCUGAUGAUGGGGUUUUAGAUGAAGCAGCUCUAAAACGUAUGAUUUUAUUGUUUGAAAAGAAAGUGUUGAAGAACCAAGAAAUGCGAAUAAAAUUUCCUGAAAAUCCUGAAAAGUUUAUGGAAUCAGAAAUAGAAUUGCACGAUAUUUUAACAGAAAUGCAUGCUAUAGCAACUGUUCCAGAUUUGUAUCCUAUUUUAGUCAAUUUAAAAGCUGUUGUAUCUCUGUUAGAAUUACUUUCUCAUGAAAACACUGAUAUAGCAGUUGCAGUUGUCAAUUUAUUACAAGAAUUGACUGAUCUUGAUUCUUUAAACGAAAAUGAAGAAGGUACAGAAAUAUUGAUUGAUGCAUUAUUAAGUAAACAGAUAUGUGCUUUAUUAGUACAAAAUCUUGAACGUUUGGAUGAAUCUGUUAAAGAAGAAGCAAAUGGUGUACAUACAACCUUAGGAAUAUUUGAAAAUAUUAUGGAACUAAGGCCUGAUAUUGUAGUAGAUGUUGGUAAACAAGGCCUUAUUCAAUGGCUUUUAAAAAGAAUUAAAGCUAAAAUGCCUUAUGAUGGCAAUAAACUUUAUAGUAGUGAAAUAUUAUCUAUAUUGUUACAAAACAAUGAAGAUAAUAGAGCUUUAGUUGGAGAAAUUGGAGGGAUUGACAAUUUAUUACAACAACUAGCAUAUUAUAAAAGACAUGAUCCUGCUUCUCCUGAUGAACAAGAAAUGAUGGAAAAUCUUUUUGAUUGUCUUUGUUCUUGUUUAAUGGAUAAACAAAACAGAGAUAGAUUCUUGAAAGGUGAAGGUCUUCAGCUAAUGAAUCUUAUAUUAAGGGAAAAAAAAUUAAGUAGAAAUGGUUCAUUAAAAGUAUUGAAUCAUGCAUUGUCAGGUCCACAAGGCAAAGACAAUUGUAACAAAUUUGUAGAUAUUUUGGGACUUCGGACUAUAUUCCCACUAUUCAUGAAAACUCCUAAAAAGAACAGAAAAAGAAUGCUUAGUACAGAAGAACAUGAAGAACACGUUAUUUCAAUAAUUGCCAAUAUGUUACGUAACUGCCGUGGUACACAAAGACAACGUCUCAUGACUAAAUUUGUUGAAAAUGAUAUGGAAAAAGUUGAUAGACUCAUGGAACUUCAUUUCAAAUAUAUGGAAAAGGUUGAAAUUAUUGAUGCUGAAAUUGAUGAAAAGAGCACUGGUGAAGAAGAUGAAGAUGAAAUUUAUUUGAAACGUUUAAAUGGAGGUUUAUUUUCUUUACAACUGAUUGAUUAUAUUAUAUUAGAAGUUUGUAAUAGUGGACCAAACAUUAAAAAGAGAGUAACUCACAUUUUAAACAUGCGAGGUGGAACAUUAAAAACUAUUCGACAAAUAAUGAGAGAAUAUGCUGGAAAUCUAGGUGAGGAUGGUGAUAAAGAAUGGCAGGAACAAGAGCAACGUCAUAUACUAAAAAUGGUUGAUAAGUUAUAAAUUUUAAUUGUAAAUAAAAUAUAAAAUUAAGAUAAUUUGAUAUACUUUG